GUGUGUUGUGGAUAUAUCAGUGACAAGCACGAAGGAACAACAUGGCUGUAUUUUACCAAGCCUUUCAAGAAUGGUUUUGGUCCGAGAACUUUUGGCUCCCUGCGAACUACACAUGGCAGGACAUACACGAAAAGAAGAACCCAAAAUUCAUUCAGUCGGGAGAGCUGUACCUUUGUCUGCCUGUUGCAGUUGCCCUGAUUAUUCUACGAGUAUGUUUUGAAAGGGUCAUAGCAGGUCCUUUUGUCCAGUAUCUUGGAGUAAAGGAGAAAAAAGUUCACUUCAUUGGUAAUCCUUUCUGUGAGAAAGUGUAUCAGACUAUAAAUAAAUUUCCCAGUCAAGAAAGAAUCGUAGGGCUGUCUAAACAACUUGGAUGGCAAAUACGAGAAGUAGAAAGAUGGUUUCGACACAGACGCAUGCAGGCUAAACCAUCUCUUCUUAAAAAGGCAAAGGAGAGUAGUUGGAGGUUUGUGUUCUACCUUAGUGCUACAAUUUAUGGAUUUUUAAUACUUCGUAAGGAAAAAUGGCUUUGGGACCCAAAAUAUUGUUUCAUUGGCUUUCGCAAACAGAUCAUGUCUGAAGAGCUUUUUCUAUACUACAUUGUAGAAUUGGGAUUCUAUGUGUCACUCACUAUUUCCCAAUUUGUAGAUGUACAAAGAAAGGACUUUUGGCAGAUGCUGAUUCAUCAUAUAGUUACUAUUCUCCUGUUAGGGUUUUCUUAUGCCACUUCGUUUUUUCGCAUUGGUGCAGUCGUAGUAUUGGUUCAUGAUAUAGCAGAUGUAUUUUUAGAGGCAGCCAAAGUGUUUAACUAUGCAAAACUACAAAAGAUUUGUGAUUUUCUGUUCGCCAUCUUUGCUAUCUCAUUCUUUGUUUCUCGUUUGGUUCUUUAUCCGUUCUGGGUCGUUGAUAGUGUUUGGAAUAGCUGGGAUUCAGUUGGAUAUUUUUGCUCCUGGUAUCUCUUCAUUACCUUGCUCCUCAUGUUACAGGUGCUUCACAUUUUCUGGGGCUACAGCAUUUUUGUUGUUAUUGUUCGGAUUCUCAGUGGAAAGAAUGUCAAGGAUGUGCGCAGUGAUAAUGAAAGUUCUUCUGGGGAUGAAGAAGAAAAGCCGAAACAAGAUGGCAUUCCACAUGAAAACAAGAAGAAACAGUAAACAGGAAUGCAUAAUUACAAUUGUGAACUGAAAAUGAUACUCUGUUACUUUCAAUUAUAGGAAACAUUAAUUUUAUGUGAGAAAGAAAACUACCAGGAAAAAAUGAUUGUAGGUUUGCAGCAGUUAUUAAUGAGAAGCCACGCAGAGUGUGUAAUAUCAAAUUUAGUAUUGAUCUUCUUAUUUUUAUUUUUGAUAUUAACUGGUAAGACUAAACGAAAGUUAAUGUAACAGCUAGAUCAAAGAACAGCAAGAACAACACUGGUCAUCAUCAUCAACAAUAUCGUGGUUAACAACAGAAAAAACAACAGAACUCACAACCCAAUAGAAGCAACAACACAACAACAACAAAAGCAGCGACAAUAUUAACAAUGGGGUGAAAAACUCCAUCAUCAUUAACAACAAUAAACAAAAUAUAUAAAAACAGACAACCACAAAAGCAACCACAAUACUAGCACUAAUAAGAGGAGCAGCCACAACAAUACUCUCAGCAACAUUAAUACCAGCACCAACAACCACAACAACACAAUAAAAGCAACAACAACAAUAACAUGCAAGUCACUAUGAUAAACAGGGUCUGAUAAACAGAUACAGUAUGUAUUUGAUUCUAUCAGUAAUCUAAAUGACAACAUUCCUUACCUAAACUAUCACAAAUAUUGUUUUAAAAUUCUCUUCUCAAGUUCAUAUGUUAAAACUCCUUUGAGAAUACUAAGACAAUAGUGAUAAUUAGCAUGACAACAAAGCUACCAAAAGGGUUUUGUAUUAUUAGUGUAGGUAUAAAUUAAUGUCAUCAUGCUCCUAUUCUUUGAGUUUGUCCUGCAUUGCAAAGAUAUUGUAUAGCAACAUCUUCAGUACAGUAUAAUAAUGAGGCUCAAACUUAUAACUGUUGUUUUAUUUAAUGGGAAACAUGACUGUAGUCUCUGGUGGUUUUUCCUGUGAUAAGAGGAAGAUAUGAUGCACUAACAUAACAGUAUGAAAAAGAAGAAUUGCAAAGGAACUUUUUAUUCAACUUUAAAAUUUCAGCAUUUUGAUUGUCGAAAUAAAAUAAGUAAAGUUAUGACUUUCUUCCCCCAAAGCAGAAUCACCAUGCGAUAAAGAAAAACCUGUGAUCGCAAUUAGACCAAAUUAUUUUACAAUAAUUAUAUACUUUAUUUAUUUAAUUAUAUAAUUAUGGAAAUCAUUAAUAGAUUAUUUUUUCAUUAUUUUUUUUUGAUAAUUUAAUGUUAUCUUUUUCUUUUGACUUGCAAUAUUAUCUCUUUGAAGAGGAGGAAAAAAUUACAUGAGCCAUUAUUUAUGAUUUGAUUGAUUGUUUUGUGACCACUCUUUAUUGUGUCCCGAUGACCACCCCCAGUAAAAUGUUUUCAUUCUUUAGGUUUUGUAAAUCUGCUUUUCUAAACAUUUUCUGGCUUACAUUUUAUUAUUUAUCUUUUUUUUAAAGAAUUAAUCUUUUUGGUAAAGACACAACCCUUUGAUCCUUGCAAUAAUAAGGCAGGGUGUGUUUGUUUUUACUGUAGACAUUCGAAAGUGCACAAAAUUUGUUUCACAGGAAAAAAACCCGGAUUCCCAAAUUGGCAAUUUGUUGGAAAUUUCCUUGAAUUCCCAAUGAAUUUCCAUCCAAUUCUCAGAGAGAACGAAAUUGGGAACGUGGCACUGAUUCUCAAUGUUAGUUUGUUGGGAAUUUUGUUUUUCUAUUGUGUAUUAGAAGGAAAUUCCGAACAAUAAAUCUUAACGUUGGUGUUUGAAUUGGGAAUUCAAGGGAAUUCAAGGAAAUUCCCAACAAUUCCCAAUUUGGGAUUCCAUUUUUUCCCCCUGUGUUUUCCCAUCCAGAUUUAAAGAAGUGAAGCUAAAAUAAAAUAAGACAAAAACGAGGAAUGACUUCUAACUUUCUUGCACUGUUAGUGACAAGUAUCUGAAAGCCUGGUAACCUAGCAACAAGGAUCAGCUUAUUAUAUAGUUAAACUGAUAGUAUAAUGAUAGUUUAAUUUAAGUGUUGAUUUAGUAAUAAUGCAUAAUAUAUCAAAUAAUGAGAAAUACAUGUACAUUGACUUAUCAAA